CUCAACAUUAGUCAGAUUCGUGGUAUUGAGCCAAGACUCAUGCUGACUGCGACAUCUGAAUGUUGUUCCAUAUCACAAUCUGUUGCUGUAUCAUUUAUUGUUGCAUACAGUGAGACUCCGCUUAAAUACGAUAUCCAAAAUUGACCUUGGAAAGAAGAAUGGCUCCAACUGCAGCUGCCGAUGGGGUUACAAAGCAUAGAGCGUGCGACGAAUGCCGAUCCCGAAAACUCGCAUGCUCCAAAGAACCCGAGGGCUGUUCUCGGUGUAAAAAGGAGGGAAUAAUAUGCUACUAUUCUCCGCAGAAGCAAAUGGGCCGUCCCCGAAAGAGGCGGCAUGUGGAUGUGGGUGAUGAGGCCAUUCUGCCAGCACCGACCAUUUCCCAGCCGCCAGAGGAAGCUCUACUUUUUCUCCAGCCAGAUGAUAAUAUCUCCUAUGAGCACCUGAAUCAAACGCAAACAACCGGAGAUUAUCUUCUGGAUCUCAACUUCCUGGACGAGCCAGCUAAUGCAAACGCCGAUACAUGGGGCUUGCAAUCUAGUCAUGCCACGUUUUCUUUCAACCCGCAGAUCGUGGAACCCCAAGGCUUGCUCGUUGACAAUGCUACAUUACCUACAUUGGAUCUGAGUGGUGUCGACCUCCUUGGCAGUAUCAAUUUUGGCGAGACAGACGCUCCGCAAGAAACAAUUUCGAAGGAUCUCAGUAACACACUGCAGCAAUACCUAGUAGAUCAGAUUGAAUCCCCAAACCCAGGACUAAAACAGAACUCGGACACACCGACACCACCUGACUCCAGCGAAAAUGGUGCCUCUGUUGAAUCCACUGAGAAUGUGAUUAGAACACCGACUCCCUCUAUGCGACCUGUACCUACAGUGUCUUGCGGCUGUUUGUCAUCACUUUAUUUAGCUCUCGAGUCUCUUGGAAAUCUGCCAGCUGAGGUCAUACCGGCCAUGAAAGUCGCACGGAAUGCAUCCAAGGUCGCUCACGAUGUUAUCAGAUGUACUGUCUGUUCUGCAUCUUUGCUUGACGAACCCACUAAGCCUCCUCCCAUACAAUCCUUCCAGAACCUCAUGCUUCUUGGCGCUCUGGUUCCAUCUGCAUGCAACGCCUACGCAAGAAUUCUAGAAAUGGUAGAUGAAGAGACUACCCUCGCCAAGCUGCAAGGACGCACCUUUUGGUUCUCGUUCAAAGAAAUUGGUGGCCUCUGGGGUUGCAUUGGGGGUACGCCUAAGGGCUGUACGACUUAUCAAAGCUACAACAACAAGAACAUGCCUCCCGAUAUGUGGAGAAUGACAAUCAGGGGGCUUCUUCGCCUCGAUGUCUACGGGUUGGAUGAGAAGGACCAGGAGAUCCCAGGCGCGAUGACCUAUCGACAACUUGGGCUCAAAGAUGUGGUUGGGCAGCUUGAGGAGAGAAGCAAAAAGCGACAUGAUGCUCUUGACGCACUUCAUGCUGCUGGGCACGCACAUGAAGCGGCCCGUGGAGUUAUUUACCCGACUAAGGCUUGUUCUCCAGCAGAGCGCAAUUGUACCAAAGUCCUCGAGACAGCACGCAUUGCACUGGAAAAUCUAGUUAUCGCGUAGGUAGAACAUACGUAGAAAGGUUCAGAAGUUUGAUUAGGGGCUGAGCUAGCCAAAAAAAAAAAGGUCCGGGAGGGGGGACUUAUGAAAGACCUGGAAGAUGAAGUUUUUGUAAGUUCAAGUGAGGGCUGGUGAUUCGGAAGCUUAUAUCUGAGUUGUCAGCACGACCUAAUGCAGCGUUUUCCCUGUUUGCGGAAACUUACUAUUUUAAUCGACGAACUGUUUCGGCAUAUGUUGACAAUACGAUCAUGCCCUGUUCAGAUCAAAGACCGUAUAUUAUCGUGACAUGCCUCGGGAGUGGCAUAUACGACGAACCGGGGGCUGUCGAGCUUAUAAGGUGAACAGUCAUCACCGACAUCAUCGCUAUGCACAACAGACUUGGCCAGUUGGACCUUUCGCAUUGAACCAUUUACCAUUCUCUCAUAAGAUACUGUCCAACCUAUCCUCUAUGUCCAAGUUCCGUCCAAGUUAAGUAAGAAGGCUGAAGGCCUUGUCAAUGCUCAAGCUGCCGUCCAAAUGCCCAACAACCAACGCCUUACAUGCAUGUUAAAAAUACUGGGUAGAAAAAGAUGCAAGACCCCGCCUGAAAAGGCUUUCCAAUUUCUUUAUGCGGAAAUAUGAAAAUUUGUGGUGAAAAGGUGUUCCAGAUCAGACUUGUUCUUGGGCCUCAACCAUGCCAAGAAUAUCGAGCUCGGCACGAACAAGGCUCUCAAACUCCUGGCGAUCAAUACCUGAAGCACGCGAAAGCAUGAACAGGCUUCGAAUACUGCGCGAUACAUGCUGCUUGACACCAAACUCAUUUUGUGUUUGUUUGCCGGCAGAUGCCUCAAGCUUAGCAACUGUUUCCGAGCCGUUGGAACUGGCGCUUGAGGCUGGGCGUGGAUGAAGGAGAGCGGCGUGGCGCUCGGUAUCAUCUCCGUUUUGUGUCGGGCUUGAAUCACUCUUCUCGAUCUCGGCCAAUGUCCACGCGCCCUGUGUCUCAUUAAACUCUGUGGCUUCGGCAGAUUCUUGGGUACGUCCGAGUCCCAGUGGUGGAGCAAUUUGCGCAGCAGCCUCUUCCUCAUCCGGAUCAUGAUUAUCCAUAGCAGGCUGAACACUGUCAUAUUGAGCAAAAUAUGCGUCCUCUGCCGAAGAUGCACGAACACCACCGAUUUGAGAAGUAGAUUUCGAAGGAGGUGCAGGUGACUGUUUCUGCGCUGGUGUCCGGGAUGGAGUUGCAUCGUACCGUGCCCAGUAAUCAUCGUCGUCUUCUUCGUCUUCGUCGUGGCCACUAUGAGGAAUAUGCAAGCUAUUGCCAUGGCCGUGGCCGUGGCCGUUGGCGUCCUUGGCUUGGUUGGUCACCUUCUUUGCCUGUGUUUCUCUGAAUUGUCUCUCGGCCUCUGCGAUGCUGGAUGCUCCCCCAAAUUGCAAGAAAGGUGAGGGUUUGUCUGCUAUAGUGACCUCGCCAACCCUCCAGCCAUCACCUCCGCCCUCAAUAUCCCCAACACAGUAGAUCAACUGGAAGGCCAAACCCAGGGUGGAGAGCGCAACGAGAGCCUGCAGAGUCUCUUCAUCGACCCGACGAAAACGUACCUCUGCAUCAUAAUCCCAGUCGACCUCGACCUCACCCGAUACCGGAUGUGGCUCAAGACUACCGCCUUGGGCGAUCUGAAUCAGCUCAGGUAUUUUUGCCUUGUCGUAACACAGAAGUCGAAUCCAUGGCUCGGUACUUGAUGUAGAUAGAAGCUUGACUCGCUGGCGAAGUAUGGGGGACAAAAGUGGUAGAAUACCGAUCGCAGGUUCGGUAGAGAUAGCAGAUGGUGGGAGAGCAGGCAGAAACGGCGCAAGAAGCUGUGUUGUGUCUGGCGAAGGAAGCUGUGUGGUGGCCAUUGUCAACGUCAGAUUGAGCGCCGCGGGGCCGGACGAGGUGUCGUUAUUGUGGUCGCGUUCUGCACAGUGACAGACGUAUGCGAAAUCGACCGAGUUGAGGGUAUCGUGGGAGGACUGUGUAAAGGAUGUAAUUUUAUGUAUGACUGGAGUAGUCUCGUUGGUCGAAAUCGAGGGCCCAGAGGGUGGAUUGUCAAGACGGAAAGAUGGAGAACAGGAUUAAGCGCUAUGAGACGAAGUAUAUUAAGAGAGUGUCUCUGAAAAUCUGGUAGCACGGGAAGAAGUGAGAUUAAAGUGGGAGGGUUGGUGAAAUAUAAGAGCCGGAGGAGCAUGUGCAUCCGGCAAGAGUUGUCGGCGGUGCGGCACGAGGUAUCAAAGAGGCAAGUGACGUGCCAUACCCAUGCGUGCUUCCCUCCGAGAGAGGUCUCGGAUGUCUCCAAGCUUUGUUCUGGUUGCAGUUUCAAAUGGCCUUAGCCAAUGACGGCAUCGGAGUAGUAGCUUGAGGAGCAGGUUCUCG